AUGAAUACUCAUGAGAAGCUCGAGGAAGGAUACUCAACUCAGAGGCCUCCUAUGUUCAACGGCAAGUUCUAUACUUACUGGAAGAACCGUAUGGAGAUCUUUAUCAAGGCAGAGAACUACCAAGUCUGGAGGGUCAUCGAGGUUGGUGAUUUCGAAGUCACCAAAACUAAUGCUCAGAAUGAGGUAAUCCCUAAGCCUAUGUCUGAAUAUGAAAAAGAGGACUUUGAUAAAAUGGAAAUAAAUUCUAUGGCUGUGAAAUUGCUCCACUGUGGACUUGGACCUCACGAACACAAUCGUGUUAUGGGGUGCAAGAACGCUAAAGAAAUCUGGGAUUUGCUGCAGAUUACUCAUGAAGGAACUAAUGAAGUUAAGCGCUCAAAAAUCGAUCUAUUUAUGUCUAAGUAUGAACGAUUUGAAAUGCAGCCUAAGGAAACCAUUCAAGAGAUGCUAACCCAUUUUACUAACAUCAUAAAUGAGUUGGUUUCCCUUGGUAGACAGAUUCCUACAAAUGAACAGGUUAGGAAGGUUCUUAGAAGUCUUCCACAAGAUGAGAGAUGGAGAGCUAAGGUGACAACCCUUCAGGAAACGAAGGACUUUACAAAGUUCAAUAUUGAACAACUAGCAGGUUCUCUCAUGACUCAUGAGCUACACCUUGGAGUCAACAAUGAACCCAUGAGGAACAAGGGAUUGGCUCUUAAGGCUGAUGAGGAGGAAGACUCAGAAGUGGACGAGGAUGAGGCUGCCCUAAUUGUGCGAAGAUUCAAAAGGAUGUUCAAGAAAGGCCGAACCUCAAGGAACUUCGGGAAAAAGACCUCAAAUCCAAAGCCUAACUACAGUUGCCACAAGUGUGGAUCCCCGGAUCACUUUAUCAGAGACUGUCCCCUUUGGGAAAAUGAUAAAGGAAAAGGAAAGGCUAAGGAACAGGGAAGAGAAAAAAUCAGCAAAGCAAACUAUCAGAAGUCAGACAUGAGGAAGACCAUGAUAGCAGCCUGGGGAGACUCAGAAAGUGAAGAAGAAGAUGAUGACCAGCCAGAAGAAGAGACUGCAAAUCUUUGUUUGAUGGCCAAAUCAGAUGAUGAAAAAGCUUACCUUGAGGAACUCCAGAAAGAGGUAUUUCUUGAUCCUAAACAGCUUAAAACUCUCUCUAAAGAUGUCUUAAUAGAUAUAUGUCUUGAAGAAGAAGAAUUCUUUAGAGAUACAUGUGUAAAGUUGAACAAAUGUGAAAAAGCUCUUAAGGUUUGCAAAGAACAUGGUGCUUGGUUGGAAACAGCCUAUGCCAAGUCUCAAAGCAAAUUAAGAGAGCUUGAUUUUAAAUACAAACACAUAACUGAGAUAGCUGAUAGGAUUAAGAAUGAAAGUAUUCUUCUGAAUGUUGAAUUAACUCAGUAUAAGCUCAUAAAUUCUGAUAUCAGUUCUAACAGUUCCUCAAGCGAUCAGUUGCUUAAACUCAAUGAUCAACUUGAAUCGGAACUGAAUGCUAGAAAGGAUAGAAGUAUUGACCCAAAAGUCAUACCUAGAUGGAUAGCUGAAGCUCAAGGAAAAAGAACUGAAGGCCUUGGCUAUAUGACCAAGAAGAAAGGUGAUAAAUCAAAAUUCCUCUCACUAGAAGACUACCCUGGAGGAACAGUAACCUUUGGGGAUAAUAAGAAGGGCGAGAUCAUUGGAAAAGGCAAAAUUGGAAGAUCUAAAUCUCAUUCCAUUGAUAAUGUGUUCUUGGUCGAGGGCUUAAUGCACAAUUUGCUCAGUAUAUCACAAUUCUGUGAUAAAGGAAACUCUGUAAGUUUUACUUCUGAUUCUUGCAACAUCAUCAACAACAAGUCAGGAAAGGUUGUUCUAGAAGGAACAAGAAGAGGGAACACUUAUACAGUUGACCUCAACUUAAUCCCAAGGAACAACCUUACAUGUCUGAGUGUUGCUGAAGAUGAUCCCCUGCUAUGGCAUAAACGUUUUGGACAUGCUAGCUUUUCAUUACUGGACAAGCUGAGGUCAAGGAACUUGGUAGUGGGACUUCCUAUUAUCAAGUUCCUACAGAACAAAGUUUGUGAUGCAUGUGUGAAAGGCAAGCAUGUUCGCUCAUCUUUUAAAUUGAAGAAAAUGAAAAUACAGAAAAUCAGUGGUCACUCCAUAGUCCAUCUCAUCUCAGAUCACGGAACUGAAUUUGAGAACUCAAGAUUCGAUGAGUUUUGCAGGGAAAAUGGCAUAAUUCAUAACUUCUCAGCUCCAAGGACUCCCCAACAGAAUGGAGUUGUAGAAAGGAAGAAUCGAACCCUUGAGGAAAUGGCUAGAACGUUGCUGAUUGCAAGUGGAUUGCCAAGGAACUUCUGGGCUGAAGCCGUGAAUACAGCAUGUUACAUCCUUAACCGGGUAACAAUCAGAAGUAUCAUCAACAAGACUCUUGAUGAACUAUUCAGGGGAAGGAAGCCAAACAUAUCUCAUCUUAGAGCCUUUGGUUGUAAGUGCUUUGUACAUAACAAUGGUAAGAAAAACCUAGGGAAAUUUGAUGAAAGAAGUGAAGAGGCUAUAUUUCUAGGAUAUACCUCUGAUAGCAAAGCUUAUAGAGUCUACAAUAAAAGCUCAAUGUGUGUUGAGGAAAGCAUUCAUAUAAUCUUUGAUGAAGUUAACCAGUUUGUGAGUGUACAGGAACAAGAAGAUGAUAAUGAUUUUGAAAUUGGAUUGAUAAGAGACAGGGAUGAAGAGGAGACUCAAAAGCAAACCAAGGAAAAGCAGCCUGCUCCAGAAGAGGAACAUCAAGAAAAUGGAGAGGUUCCUCAACCAGAUGAACAGCUGAAUGAGGAAUAA